AAUCAGCGGCAGAGCCAACACGGGCACAGCCGCGCGGCCCAGGGCAGAGCGAGCCGAGCCGGGCGAGCCCAGCAGAUCCGCGCCGAGCCACCCAGCAGCGCGCAGAAAGCGCCGCCCGCCGACGCCCACACCUUGAGCGGCCCCCGCGGCGCCUGCCACCUCCCCCCCCCCGAACCCCGAUCCUGCCAGCCAGCCAGCCAGCCCGCUGGGCCGCCUCGCUGCUCCCGCAGAGCCCCGAGAUUCCCCCCGGCUCGCGCCUCGGCUCCCUGGGGCCACGCAGCGUUUCCACGCCCUCCUCCUCCUCCUCCUCUUCCUCCACUCCGGCGCGCCUGGCACCGGGAACCGUUGCCUGCUCUGCUGCUCGAGGCCCAGCUCUACUUUUCACCUUCCUCCUCAUCUUCCUCUCCUCCUCCUGCAACUCCUCCCCGUGCCGCCACUUGCCGUCCCGUCCCCCGCAAGGUGGGAACGCGUCCCCUCGGCCCGCACCAUGGCACGGUUCGGCAUGCCCACGUUUCUCUGCGCCCUGGCCGCGCUCAGCACCGCGCUGCUGGCCGCCGAGCUCAAGAUGAAAAGUUGCUCGGAUGUGCGACUCCUCUACGUGGCCAAAGGCUUCAACAAGGACGAUGCCCCCACGCAUGAGAUCAACGGUGAUCAUUUGAAGAUCUGCUCUAAGGGUUACACCUGCUGCUCUCAGGAGAUGGAGGAGAAAUACAGCCUGCAAAGCAAAGAUGAUUUCAAAAGUGUUGUCAGUGAGCAGUGCAACCAUUUGCAAGCAGUCUUUGCUUCCCGUUACAAGAAGUUUGAUGAAUUCUUCAAAGAGCUCCUUGAAAAUGCCGAGAAAUCCCUGAAUGACAUGUUUGUGAAGACAUAUGGCCGCUUAUACAUGCAAAAUUCAGAGCUAUUUAAAGAUCUCUUCGAAGAGUUGAAGCGCUACUAUGUGGCAGGAAACGUGAACCUGGAAGAAAUGCUAAAUGACUUCUGGGCUCGCCUUCUGGAGCGGAUGUUCCGCCUGGUGAACUCCCAGUACCACUUUACAGAUGAGUAUCUGGAAUGCGUGAGCAAGUACACGGAGCAGCUAAAGCCCUUUGGAGACGUUCCACGCAAGCUGAAGUUGCAGGUUACCCGGGCCUUUGUAGCGGCUCGCACUUUUGCUCAAGGCUUAGCAGUUGCAAGAGAUGUAGUGAGCAAAGUCUCCGUGGUAACACCCACCACCGAAUGCUCCCAGGCACUGCUGAAGAUGCUCUACUGCUCCCAUUGCCAAGGUUUUGUGCCCGUGAAGCCAUGUUACAACUAUUGUUCAAACAUCAUGAGAGGCUGUUUGGCCAACCAAGGAGACCUUGAUUAUGAAUGGAACAAUUUCAUAGACGCUAUGCUCAUGGUGGCGGAGAGGCUCGAGGGACCUUUCAACAUCGAGUCAGUCAUGGAUCCCAUCGACGUGAAGAUUUCUGACGCUAUUAUGAACAUGCAAGAGAACAGUGUGCAGGUUUCUCAGAAGGUUUUCCAGGGUUGUGGCCCCCCUAAGCCUGUCCCAGCUGGGCGGAUUUCCCGUUCUGUCUCUGAAGGAACUGCCUUCAGCACCUUUAGUGCCUUUAGUGCUCGCUUCCGACCAUACCACCCUGAGGAACGUCCAACCACAGCAGCUGGCACGAGCUUGGACCGACUGGUUACUGAUGUCAAAGAGAAACUGAAGCAGGCCAAGAAAUUCUGGUCGUCUCUUCCUAGCAACAUGUGCAAUGAUGAACGGAUGGCCUCGGGAAAUGGCAAUGAGGAUGAUUGCUGGAAUGGCAAAGGCAAAAGCAGGUACCUGUUUGCAGUGACUGGAAAUGGAUUAGCUAACCAGGGCAAUAAUCCUGAGGUUCAGGUGGACACCAGCAAGCCAGAUGUGCUUAUCCUUCGCCAAAUCAUGGCCUUGCGGAUGAUGACCAGUAAGAUGAAGAAUGCUUACAACGGGAAUGAUGUGGACUUCUUUGAUAUCAGUGAUGAAAGCAGUGGAGAAGGAAGCGGAAGUGGAUGUGAGUAUCAGCAGUGCCCUGUGGAGGUGGAAUACAAUGCAACCGACCACUCCGGGAAAAGCGCCAGUGGCAAAGCCAGCGGUGCUGGGGCCCGUGCCGGGGCCCAGGCCUACCUGGUCACCGGCUUCUUCGUCUUGUUCCUGCUUAUGCAAAGAGAGUGGAGAUAAUUCUCCCCAUUAGAGCAAAAAGUGUUCAUCAUCCAAAAGUUACAAAGGCACCGGUUAUCGUUUUUAUACCAUCUUAGUGACUUUGCUUUUUCAGUGAAUGGACAACGAUGUACAGUUUUUACUAUGUGGCCACUGGUUUUAAAAAUUGCUGACUUUUUUUUUUGCAUUCAGUUUUGGGAGAUGGGGAGAGGACCUGGAUAUAAAAUCAGUUCCAUCCCCAUGCCCCCGUGCCCCGAUCUUGUUCAACGUGGCUAACAGUGUAGGUACAGAACUGUAGUUAGUUGUGCAUUUGUGAUUUUUAUCAUUCUAUUGUUUGUUGUUUUUUUUCUUUUUGUUUGUGGGUUUUUUUUUCUGCAGUUAUGAUUUCACCUUGUUUCUCCCAAGAAAACCAGGGUCCUUUCUUGGCAUGUGAACAUGUACGUAUCGCCAAAAUAUUAAAUAGCUGUACAGAAGCAGGUUUUAUUUAUCAUGUUAUCUUAUUAAAAGAAAGAAACCCAACAAACAGUAACAUUUCCAUGUAUCCCUGUUUGAGUUGCCUUACCUAAAGAGAAGUGGUGGUCAUUGGGGUUUUGAUUUGUAAACUAGGGCAGAAUGUGAAGGAACAAGGAGGCUUCUAAGCCACUUGUAAGAUUGUCUUCAAGCAUCAACACAGAAAGGUUAUACUUCUUGUAUAGCUACUAUCUGGAAGAGACUGCAGAUACCCCAUUUUGGUUGACUGGGAUUGCCAAAACUAAGAUCAAAUGUUGGUCCAUCUCUGAACCCACUAAUACUUAAAGGGUCAUUCAUUGGAAAGAAAUGUCCUGAUCCAUUCACUCUAGCAAGGUAUGUAAGGCAUUCAGAAUAUCAAUUUUGUCAUAUGCGCACAUUUAGUUUGGGAUUGACUUCAUGGGUUGUUAUUGGGGGGGGGUGUUUGUUUUUUAGUUUUGUGUUUCAUCCAAGCAUAUUAGCAAGUCACUGUGGUGGGCUUCAU